AUGGAUGCUGUGACAGACAGCGAGGCAGGGCCUUCGUCCGGUAAGGGCAAGGCUCGUGCAAUAUCACCAAGCCUCCCGCCGCUAUCCUUCGUCACCACUGAACUUAACUACGAGAGCGCGGACUGGCCGACAAUCGACUUUUCCACCUCAGUUCCCGGAUCGUCUUCGUACGGCUCAGCUUAUGCGUCAGGAUUUGGUUCCGUCGUCGACCCAGAACCUAGCCCGACUGGUUCUUCAUCGCGAGGCAUCAUUGCUUCUCUAGGGAACGAGGUGCUCACCGAUAACAAUGAGGCUCCUUCUCGUCGCCGCACCCUUUCCGACCUCUCCACCACUUCAAAACGGUCGAUGUCCGCAAUGUCGAUCACGAAGGUCAAGGUGAAGUUGUCUGGCGCGAAGGGGCCUGCUAAUAUCGCCCGCAAGCUGCUCUCCAAGAAGCGGGACAGUACGCCUGGGAGCCCGACGACCUCUGAUAGCAAACACAUAGUCAUCGACACGGAGGUACCCGGAUGCGUCGAUGCAUCGCAGGCUCACUGUUUUUCUCCAUGGGUACAUGACGUCAAACCUAAAGUCAGCCCAGUCGCUUCCCCUCUGGAAACAGAAGCGGGCGAUACAGCCUACCCGUUCUAUUAUGCGGGCCGUCCAUCCGACAACUCGCUGCUACGCAGUAAAGCCCGUUCCUACUCUUCGCCCCUGCCACUUCCCUCAACCGCUCUCGACCUCAUCCCCAUCACGACCACUGACAUUUUCAAACCCAUUCCCAUCGUCCUACCUAAUCACUUCGACGAAUAUCUCCCGAGCGAGCUAAAGCUGCGUGUUCUCGUCUCCUUGGUGGAGCUGCACGAGGCCGAACAUUCAAAGCAUAUCGAUGACGGCAAAUGGACCGUGCGCAAGGCCGUCUCCCACCGGAAUAUAUGGGUGGGCAGAGACAAGGGGGUGAGGGAGCUAUUUAAAUUGAGCAGGGUGUCGAAGGCCUGGCGGGCCCUUGUCUUUGACGGCCAGCUAUGGGCGAAGGUGGACCUUCGUUCAUUCCCGAAGCUCCCUCCUACAGUUCUCACGCAGCUGUCGACAACGGCGGGCAGCUUCAUCAGGCAACUGCUCUUUGACGGCUACGCUGACCUUACAGCAUUAACCCUCAUAGAUGUCACGGAUCAUCUAUGCAUUGUCAAGCCGCAUAACGGCCCGGCCCACACUAAUAUCACGACGAUGAACCUUCACGGAUGCUUGGGGAUUACCUCGUAUUCGCUGCAUUACUUGCUGACCCACUCUCCACACCUGCGCCAUCUCUGCGUGAAGGGAUUGUCAGCUGUCACGAACACUACUUGUGAAGUCGUGGCCAAGUACUGCCCGAAGUUAGUCUCGCUCAACAUGAGCAGGUGUCCUAACAUGAGUGGAGACGGCAUACUCACACUUACGUCCCCUACCAUCUCGUUUGGGGAACCCCUUCCACUAAAGGAGCUCAGGCUUUCGGGCCUAAGGCGUGUCUCAGACGAGGUGAUGGCGAGUUUGGCAAAGGCCGCCCGGGACCUAGAGGUGCUGGACCUCAGCUACUGCAGAGAUCUUCACAAUUCUGCCAUUGAGGCUUUCGUGGCCUGCCCGAAGGGAGACCCUGCGCGGUGCGAAGUUGUGCAACUCACAUCACGCGAGGCAGGGCGAGAUCCUUCCGACGGAACAAUACAUACCAGACGCGUGACCCGCCUCCGACACGUCAACCUGUCUUCCUGCAUCAUGUUGACUGACCACGCCUGCUCGCACCUCGCGCAUGCCGUGCCCAAACUGGAGUUCUUAGAACUAGCGGGUAUUGGCGCCGAGCUGAAGGACGAUGGACUGGUUCGUCUGCUGUGCACUACACCUUUCAUCCGACGCUUGGAUCUAGAAGAUGCCUGCGAGAUCACGGAUGAUCUCCUCCUCGCCAUCACUCCGGACUCCUCAGUGGAUACUCGUUUUUUGGGCGCACCCGCUUCCCCGCAGCCAGGCCACGCGCUGGAACAUUUGACGAUCUCUUAUGCUUCUGAAGUGACUACCGAAGCGAUGCUAGCCCUGGUGUGCAACUGCACCCGGUUGCGUGUCCUGGAAGCAGACAGCACCCGCAUUUCGGGCACCAUAGUGCGGGAGUUUGUACGUCUCGCGCAAGAGCGCGAGAUCAAGAAUGCCCAGGUUGUCGCAAUCGACUGUCGUGGCGUCAGCGAAGAGACGGUGAAGGACCUCAGCAACCAGACCCGACCUCGGAUCGGCUGGCGUUCGUUCGAAGCGCGCAAGCUCGGCUUUCUCGAUGCGAGGGACGAGGAGGAGCUGAGCGUUGGCCAGGACGAGUGCGACGAGCGUCGCGUGGCGCUCAAGACGUUCUUCUCGUGGCAGACGGUUGACGCUGUGCGCGCGGCGCGGGAGAAGAAGCGCAAGACGUCGAAGCGCGCUGCAAAUGGGUCGUCGAGCAGCGUCGCAGAUGAACUUGCCGGGUCAUUUGCUGGCCGUGCGAGGUGGUGGCAGCCAAGCGGGAGAAGAUCAGGCAGGACCUCUCCUGUUAUUGUGGAUCUAAACAACGACAGAGAAGGCUGUACAAUCAUGUAG